GGGAUUCUCGUUUUGUUGUUCAUUACGUCAUGUAGGAAGUAAACACGGACAGAACCGAAAGUCGCCGAUUGUAAAGAUUCCGAGAAUGGGCUGUUGUUCAUCAAAGACGAACUAAAUACUUAUUCUUAAUUGUCUGCUAUCACUUUCCUCACCAAGGACUUAGCGGACGUUUAACUUAAUGAUUAUACACAUAUAUAUUAUACUUUCCAGUGUCCAAAAAAUUGGUAGACAUGUAUUCAGGUACUUUUUUACUGGAUUUUAGCUAAAUUCUCCUCAAUCGUCUCAGCCAAUGAGUGCAUAGGGUUUAUAUAACGCCAAAUUCAAAUUAUCAAUCCAUUGAAUGUUAUUGUAGCGAUUCAUACCUGUGUAAAUUAGAUAUUUGUUGGUUUUCCUUGCUUUAAUUCCGAAAUACUUCAUACCCGAAAUUCGGAUUGGAAAAUGUCAGAGAAGAAGGUCGAGUCGUCCUUUGGGAAGGAUGUAGGGAACAUACGAAAAGAUGAACAAAAGCCGGUUGAAAAGACUGAUAAAGAUGGCAGCAAUAGUUCACAACGAAGCGAGAAAGAAAACAGUCAGGCAGGCAAGGAAAAACGUUGGACCUUAAACGACUUUGACAUAGGAAAACCUCUCGGCAAAGGAAAGUUUGGUAACGUGUAUUUAGCCCGAGAAAAAGUUUCGAAAUACAUUGUUGCUUUGAAGGUGCUUUUUAAAAGCCAACUUCAAAAAUCGCAUGUUGAGCAUCAACUGCGAAGAGAGAUUGAGAUACAAUCCCAUUUAAGACAUCCACAUAUCCUACGAAUGUAUGGAUACUUUUACGACAGCAGUCGUGUUUAUCUCAUACUUGAAUAUGCCCCACGUGGCGAGUUGUACAAAGAACUGACCAAAUGUGAACACUUUGAUGAAAAGAGGGCAGCUAAUUACAUAGCACAAUUAGCUGAUGCUUUGAUUUAUUGUCAUGCAAAAAAAGUCAUUCACCGAGACAUCAAACCAGAAAAUCUUUUACUUGGAAUGAAGGGUGAAUUGAAAAUAGCAGAUUUUGGUUGGUCCGUUCAUGCGCCAUCCUCAAGACGAACGACGUUAUGCGGUACCCUAGAUUAUCUUCCACCAGAAAUGAUUGAAGGACACGAACACGACGAGAAAGUCGAUCUUUGGAGCCUGGGUGUUUUGUGUUACGAGUUUUGUGGUAAACCACCAUUUGAGGCUGAAGGUCAUGCCGAAACAUAUAAACGUAUAUCGAGGGUUGAUCUACGUUUUCCACAGUACGUUUCCCCGAUGGCUCGUGAUCUUGUUGGAAAGUUACUGCAGAAGAAACCGGGUGAUCGUUUGGCUUUACGCGACGUGUUGAAACAUCCAUGGAUAACGAAACAUAUUGAUGCUGAGAAAAUUACCAAGCAAAACAAAGGAACCUAAGGCAAUCAUUUUCUUCCCGAACUGGAAGGUAGUUGAAGAAUUAAUUCAAACGAGUGAAGCAACUAUGUACGUAUGAGAUGAAACGAUUUUCGCUGCAUGUUUUUGUUCUUUUCUCUUCAAACACAGUUAGAACGUAAUAAUACAACAUUACGAAGACGAAAUGUCCAAUAACUCUUCUAAAACAAUUCAUAAAUAAAUAUCUGUGAGAAAGCCUAGGCCUUUCCUCGGAAAAUGUAAAUAGACUAAUUGAUACGUUCUUGUAUAAAAUGCUUUAUUCAAUGGUU